AUGGCUGCGGCGGGGAGACUGACGCUCUUGUAUCCCCAAUUGCUGCGAGCUGCGACGAGGGGCUGCGGCCCAGCGAGGGGAUGGGCGACGACGGCUUCGACAACGACAACGACAUCGACGGCUACGAGGUGGAAUAGUUCGUUUGCAAAGAGGCACGGCAAGGCUGUCGAGCCCGCAGAAUGGGAGAAGCUGCAGCAGCAACAGAAGCAACAAGAUCAGCAGGGCCAACAGGAGCAAGACGUCUCAGCCAAGCCGACACCGGAGGACGCAGCGAAAUCUGACAUUGGCAAGCUGUAUUUUCAGGAUGGCGAGAAGAAGCCAGCCCAGGUGGUAACUGACGCCCCGGAGAUCGAUGCGGCUGCUCUCAAGAGUGAGCAGCAGGAGCCCAAGGCUGCUCAGAGCAAGGCAGAGCCGAAAUCAUCAGAGCCGGCGGAUGCGGGAGCAGAUACAAUUCCUCUCGGCCCACCCAAGCAAGCUGAUUCGAGCAAUGGAAGUGGGAGUAGUAGCGGGAGCGCUGAGCCCAAGGCCAAUAAGCCUGGAGAAGGUACCAAAAUGAGCGACAAGCUGGAUACUGUCUAUUACAUGGGUGCUCCAGAGAAUUUGGCAACUACUAUGCCCUCCAUGACCCCGCCAAAGUAUAUUCAUCACUUUGACAGCUAUUCUCUCGUCAAGCAGCUGCAGGAAGGGGGCUAUUCAAGCGACCAAGCCAUCACCAUGAUGAAGGCUAUCCGGACGAUCCUGGCCCAUAAUCUAGACAUGGCGCAAGAAAAGCUUGUCAGCAAGAGCGAUAUAGAAAACGAAUCGUAUCUGUUCUCUGCUGCGUGUUCGGAGCUGAGCGCCGAAAUCAAGAACAACCGCCGGGGCCAGGAUGAGCAAAUCCGGCAACAGCGCACGCAUCUCCAGCACGAAGUCGACAUUUUGACGCAGACUCUGAAUCAGGAACUGUUGACUCUGAACGACAAUGUGCGCGGGAUCUUCAACGACCGCAAGAUGACAGUCAGAGAAGAGCAGAAGGCGGCGGAGAGUGCUAUUCAACAAAUCAAUUAUAAAAUAAGCAUCAUGCUGAGCAGCGAUUCCAAGUCGGAGAUUGAAGGCGUUCGGUGGAUUCUCAUCCGGCGAUCCGUGGUGGGCAUCCUCUUCAUGGCCAUUCUGACGCUGGGAACGAUACGCUACGCUACGUAUGUCAGUCAUCAGCGCCAGCGGGAGCUGGAUCGCAAGAAGAAGGAAGAAGAGGAGCUAAAGAUGGAUGGCGGCAAGAAUGAUCGCACCUCGGCACCUGAUGCAGCCGAAAUCCUGGCAGCAAACUAA